AUGAUGCUGAUUUUGAUUAGGAUAAUCCUCAUUUUUAGAAGAAGACUAAGAAUUAGGAUGUCUAAGCAACCUAGUCUGCAUAAUCCUAUCCAUAGAUUAGAUUAUUUAGAUGGAAUGAUAGUGGAGAGUGAUAUUGCUUGCAUUGAGCAACUUAGGAUGGAUCGUCGCACGUUUAAUAUCUUCAUUUCAUUGGUUCGUGAAGUUAGAGGGUUAAGGGAUACUAAGAACAUGGUAGUGGAAGAAAUGGUUGCUAUAUUUUUGCAUCUACUUGCAUUUGAGGAGAAGAAUAGGGAAAUAAAAUAUGAUUUUCAACGGUCAGGAGAAACUAUAAGCAGACAUUUUAAUAAUGUGUUAAAAGCUGUGUUAAAACUUUCGAGUUUGCUCCUCAAGAAACCUGAACCGAUUCCCAAGAAUAGCACAGAUGAAAGAUGGAAAUGGUUCAAGAAUUGUAUAGGUGCUAUUGAUGGGACUUUGAUUGAUGUAAAUGUGCCUGCGAUAGAUAAAUCACGUCAUAGGUCAAGAAACAAUACCAUCUCAACAAAUGUUUUAGGAGCUUGUGCACCGAAUAUGCAAUUUAUAUAUGUUUUGGCGGAUUGGGAAGGUAAUUAUUAUCUAGGGGAUGUAGGAUAUAAACAUUGUGAUGAAUUUCUUGUACCUUAUAGAAGAACAAUUUAUCAUGAAUGGAGAAGGGGGCUGGAGCAACCACGCUCUAAGGAAGACUUGUUCAAUAUGAGGCAUGCUUCAGCUAGAAAUGUGAUUGAACGAGCUUUUGGUUUGUUGAAAGUACGGUGGGAAGUUCUUGCCAAAGGCACGAAGUACCCUCUCAGCACUCAAAUAGAUAUAAUAUUGGCUUGUGUGUAUAUUCAUAACCUUAUUCGCCAACAAAUGAGCAUUGAUCCAAUGGAAGCUAUUUUAGAUCCAUAUAUGGAAGAGGAAGGACAGAAUUAA